AUGGCCUCCGAAAGCACCGCCGCCUUCUGGGCCAAGACCGACAAGUACCUGAUGUCCACGGGCGUCCCCUACUCGCCCAUCAUCAUCAGCAGGGCCAAGGGCACGAAGCUCUACGAUGAUCAGGGCCGCCAGAUUCUCGACUUUACGUCUGGCCAGAUGAGCUCCCUCCUGGGCCACUCCCACCCGGAGAUCGUCGAGGUUGUCCAAAAGUACGUCGCCGAGCUGGACCAUCUCCUCAGCAACAUGAUCACACAGCCCGUCGCGGACCUCGCAGAGAGAUUGGGCAAGCUGCUCCCCGCCCCCCUCGAAAAGGUAUGCUCCCUCUGUUAUGUGUGCAUGCUGCGAUUUCCAUCGGCUCACCUUGCUUACUACCCGCAGUCCUUCUUUCUCAACACCGGCUCGGAGACAACCGAGGCGGCCAUCAAGAUGGCCAAGCUCCAUACGGGCAAGUUUGAGAUCGUCGCCAUGUCGGCCAGCUACCACGGCCUCACGCAAGGGUCCGGGUCCGCGACGUACUCGGCCGGCCGCAAGAACGGCGGCCCCGCCAUGCCGGGCCAGCUCGCGUUCCCGGCGCCGUACGCGUACCGCUCCGUGUUCCGCAAGGCCGACGGGUCCUACGACUGGGAGGCCGAGAUGGACUUUGGCUGGUCCAUGAUCGACCGGCAGAGCGUCGGGUCCCUGGCGGCCUUCAUCCUCGAGCCGAUCCUCUCGACGGGCGGCAUCCUCGACCUGCCCGCGGGCUACCUGCGGCGCAUCAGCGACGAGUGCAAGAAGCGCGGCAUGCUGCUCAUCCUCGACGAGGCGCAGACGGGGGUCGGGCGUACGGGCAAGAUGUUUGCCUUUGAGCACGACGGCGUCGUCCCGGACAUCCUGGCGCUGUCCAAGACGCUCGGGUGCGGGCUGCCGCUGGCCUCGGUCAGCACGACGGCCGAGGUCGCCCGGGGCUGCAAGGAGGCCGGGUUCCUCUGGCUCACGACGCACCUCAACGACCCGCUCACGGCGGCCGUGGGCAACAAGGUGCUCGAGAUCGUCGUGCGCGACGACGUGGCGGGCAAGGCGACGGCGCGAGGCGAGCAGCUCCGCGCGGGCCUGCUGAGGCUGCAGGACAAGUACUGGUGCAUCGGCGACGUGCGCGGGCGCGGGCUGCUGCAGGGCAUCGAGAUCAUCUCCGACGCCGAGACGAAGGCGCCCGGGUCGGACCUCGGGCAGGCCGUCUCGGACCGGGCGAUGGAGCUGGGGCUCUCCUGCAACGUCGUCAACCUGCCGGGCAUGGGCGGCGUGUUCCGGCUGGCGCCGCCGGUGACGGUGACGGCGGAGGAGAUCGAGGAGGGGCUGAGGAUUCUGGACGAGGCGUUUGGACACGUCUUGGAGCAGCGCGAGAAGACGAUUCCGGUGGUGUAA